GACGACAAAAAUUCUCUUUGCCAGUUGUUCAUUGACACUCGAGCGAUAAAGGUGGUCCAAAAAAUUUUAACAAUCGUAAAAAAAUAUUCUUUUUUUUGUGAAAUAUAAGUUUUUUGGCCCUUGAACGUGUGGCUGUUCAGUGUUUAAGAACAACAUCAAUUAUCGACUAUUUGCUAUUUUUUUGUGCAUUAAUUUUGGAAAUUUAUUAAUAAAAAUAUUUUUUUUGGGAACUUAUUAAAGUCGUGAGAUUGCAUAAGAAAAAAGAAAUUUAGAUUAUAAAAAUGAAUAAAGACGGACCGGUUCCUACGUCACCAAUGCUCUACGAUCCCAUUCCAGAGGGGUCUGUCCAGACCACAAAGUCUAUGCAGUUUAUUGCCGCUGCUGCAGUCUCUCUAGCUGCCGUCAGCGCAGGAACUGCAUUAGCUUGGACGUCACCAGUAAAUGAGCAAUUGAAUUUAAACACCACGAUUUCAGUAGAUGAUGAUCAGAAGUCAUGGAUUGGAUCAUAUCUCGCUGUUGGAGCAUUCGUUGGUGCAUUGCCUGCUGGCGUGUUAGCUGAGCGUGUUGGACGCAGAAUUGCCACAAUGACAAUUGGCGUACCGUAUUUAAUCAGCUGGGCACUUUUAGUAUUCGCUUCAAAUGUUGGCAUGCUUUAUGCUGGACGUAUAUUUGCUGGUAUUGCAACUGGAGCUAGUUGUGUUGUAGCACCAAUGUAUAUUUCUGAAAUUGCUGAGACAUCACUUCGUGGCGCUUUAGGUGCUUUCUUCCAACUUUUCUUGACUGUGGGAAUUUUGUUCAUAUACCUCGUUGGUGCCAUAACAGAUUGGGUUACUUUAAGCGCGUGCUCUGCUAUAUUUCCACUACUACUCAUAAUUUGUGUAUUCUUCAUCCCCGACAGUCCGAUUUAUUUAGUCAAACAAGGAUCGAGACAAGAGGCUGGUCAAGCAUUGAAAACAUUCUGGGGAAGACAAUGCGACACACAGACUGCAUUAGCAAACAUCCAAGCAGAACUUGAUGCCGUUAGUGGUGAUGCCAAACUUUCAGACUUGUUUACAGUUCGUUCGAAUUUCAUGGCACUUACAAUUUCACUUGCUCUCAUGUUGUUCCAACAAUUUUCUGGUAUCAAUGCUGUCAUCUUUUAUGCACAAAGUAUUUUUAAUGCUGCCGGAAGCACUUUGGAGCCAUCUAUUUGCACAAUUAUUGUUGGUGUUGUUCAAGUUGUUAUGACUGUAACGUCUGCUGCAUUGAUUGAGAAAGCUGGACGAAGAAUUCUACUAUUGCAGUCAUGUGUUGUUAUGGGCUUGUGCUUAGUAAUGUUGGGAGUUUAUUUCCAUUUGAAGGAAGGUGGAACUGAUGUCACAAACAUUUCAAUUCUUCCGUUGGGCUCUGUUGUUCUGUUCAUCAUCAGCUUCUCAUUGGGUCUCGGACCUAUUCCUGUAAGUUGUCUUGAUUGGUUUGAAUAACCUUUGGACUAAUUUACUUUUGUACUUUUUUCAUCCAUACAGUGGCUUAUUAUGGGUGAAUUGUUUGCAACAGAAGUAAAAGGAGUUGCAUCAGCAUUAGCCGUCAUGUUCAACUGGACAUUAGUAUUCAUCAUUACAAAAACAUUCGGUAUGAUGCAAGAGGGAUGGGGAUCAGGUCCAACAUUCUACUUCUUUGCUCUUUUCAUGUUACUCGGUACAAUCUUCACAUUCGUGAAAGUGCCCGAGACGAAAGGCAAAACGAAUGCUCAGAUUCAAGCGAUUUUAGCUGGAAAGAAUUAAGUUCAGACAUCCAGCAAAUGAUUUUUUUUAACCAGAAAGCUUCUUUUUAAUUUAAAAAAAAGUCUUCUUAGCUUUAAGUGUUUUAUUGUUUGACUCAUAUCAAGGAACAGAUUGUUAGUUGUUUUUUUAGUAAAUUUUUGUUUUCGUAAAUAAAUUAUGAGUAUUUAAAUGCGCAGCCUAGCCUUUUUACUGCGAUAUUUACAAAGCAAUUAAAGAAGAAGAGAAAUAUUCAUCAAAGUGCAUCACAAUAAUCAAGGAAAUGAUAGGCUAGGCAUUAAUUAUUGAUUUUUCAUUGCAAAAUCAACUGGUAAAUCGCUCAAGGACAUAAAGAAAAUUCAUCAUAGCCGAAUAUGAUGUAGUAAUUUGGAAAAUUUGUUAAUCGUUCUUAGCUGUAAUUUUCAUGUUAUUUGAAUCAGGGUUGCAAUCUGUCGACAUCCUUUACAGAAUCUGAAUCUGCACUAGUUGACUCCAACGCGUCAUUACCACCCUGAUUUAAAAGAGUUUUAGAGUUCAAAAUUAUUCAUAAAUUCAUAUUCUUAAUCUUAUUGGAAGUAACUGAAUGAAUUGAGAAAGGAGAUUUUAUUGAGCAAUGAUCAAUAUUGGACUGCAUUUUGGAUAUAAUAAUGUUAUGAGAUAAAUCCCCAAUUAAAGAAUUUUACACUCCACUAUACACAAUUUUUAUAGAAGGGUGAAGUAACCGAUGGGAUCCAUUAUAAGAGAUACUAAGAAGAGUGUGGGUGAUCAAAUGUCCUUGUAUGAAUGGAAAAAUCCAUCACCUCACUCCUCUAGACACAGUAAUCAUACAUGUGACAUCAUUCAAUUUAGGAAUCUAUGGGAUACUUGUUCUGAUAUUUGUAUUGUACUGAAAUAUUUUUUUUGAGCACGUGUAUACAACAAAUAGAAGAGUAAAUAAUAGAAAAUCCAUCCCAAGCCAUGCUUUAAAUGCUCAAUAGUACACAGAACAUUGUCAUGUAAUGUCGUCUGCAUUGUGCGAAUCUUUCAUAAGAACUCAGCCACAGAAGGCUUGCUGUCACAUUGACAGAUUCCUUUCCUUACAUUUGGCUCGAUUCCACUCUGCCAUGACAUUUUAAUUCACAGCAAAAUUAAAGCAAACAAGAGAGCAUGUACAAAAAAAAACAUAUUUUGUCGCAAACAGUCUGAUAUAUCAAAUAAUAAUAAUAUUUAUCUAUAAACAAGAAAAAAAGAAUGAAUUAACAUUUGUUAGACUAAUCAUUACACGAUUUUUUAAAAUAAUUUCUAUGACUUGAAACCCCAAAUAUGGAGUUGAAGUAAAAUUAAGGGAAAUUGUGUAAUGGAAUUAUAGUAAAAAGAUAAACUUUAACUAGGCUUAUUAAACGUUUACUGUAAUAUGUUGUAAAUAUCAAAGAUAAUAAACAUGAAAAAAAUAUAA